AUGAAUAAUCAAGAAGAAGAUUAAAUUUGUAACUUAAUCCAUAAAAGAAGUUUAUCUAGGUAAGACAAUUAGAUUUAUGCUGAAGAUGUAGAUAAAGAAAUGGUUACAGCUUAAAUUAAAUCAAUUCAAAACUAAUAAAUUCGAUUUCAAUUUCAUUAAUCAAAUAAAUAACUUGUACCAGAGAAAAAAUAUGAUAACCAAAUAAAUGAUAUGGUAAAUAUGAAAUAAUCUACAUUUAAAUCUGUGUUUUAAUAGAUUUAACAUCUUACCAAUGAAUAAAGCAAAAAAAGAGUGCCAAUUACAUCUCAUAAAAUGCUUAAAUCAAGGACUAGACUCAUUAGUUGUUCUCACAAAGUACGAGAGAGAUUUAUAAAUAUUCUCAAACAGGUUUUAUUUGUAGCCAAAUAUAAAUGUCGAGUGAAUUUCUGGUUUGAAUACCCAAUCAAGUAUAAUAACUCAUUUUAUGAACAAAUAAUUGAAGGCAAUUAUGAUAAGAUAAUUAAUACUUUAUCAGAAGAUCCAUAUCUGGUUCAUAGCAGAAACAAAGAUGGGUAAACUCCAUUACAUAUUGCUUGUAUUUGUAAUAAUGCACUUUUGGUUAAAUUAUUAAUUAAAAAUUGCAGUAAUAUUGAAGCAUUAGAUAAUAAAUAGUUAUCACCUUUAUAUUAUGCAUUCAAAUCGAAUUCUAAUGAUUGUUUUAAAAUCUUACUUAACUUUAAAGCUAAACCAUGGUCCCCCCCAGGAGGAAAAUUAGAUCAAAAUUAGAUGAAUGUUGUCCAGAAAAAUUUAUUAAUGCAUGCUCGAUUAAUUUAUAUUUUUACUAUUUGGAAAAUUAAAAAAUGA